AUGCUGGGUGCUCUGGCGUUCAGUUUCCUUGUGGUUCUGCUGCCCUGUGUUUGCCCACAAGGAAGUACAAAUCGUACUUAUUUUUUAGAUAAAGAUGGCAGCUUCAAGAUGAUUGGAUUAGAGGUCCAGGGAAACGGGCCAGUUGCGUGGAGGUGGAAACCUCAUUCUGAGGAAAACACUGAGAAAACCCUGGUGACUUUCACUCGAAGGGAUCAGUGGUGGGAAGCAAACUGGGGCCAAACAUACUACAGUGACUUUUAUAGUACAGAUAAGCGUGACUAUAUGAUAAAAAACGAAUCUGACAGCCCUAGUUUGAUAUUUUCUUCCCUCAAAUAUAAACUUGCAGGAUUGUUUCUGCUCACACAGCCCGAGAAUAAUCACACCUUGUAUCAGCACGAAGUUUUUGGAGUCAAAGUUGAAAAGGAGCGAUAUCCUGUUUACUCAGACAAUGAUGUCACACUGAGCUGCAGCAUCUCCAGACUCCCACAUGGCGUCAGUCUUCAGUGGAAACACAGAGAGUCCACACAGCACAACAGCGGGAACAGCACAGAGCAGCUCCUGAUCAACAACACACUGUAUCUGAUAGUCAGACACGUUAGAGAGGACGACAAACAGAAAUAUAUGUGUGAAGUGCAGGACAAUGGCUCCACUGUUCUCACGGGGAACAUGGAUUUUGAGGUCUACACAUAUGAGUAUGUUACACAAAGACUUUAUCGGUCAAGCACAAAUCGCAGUGAACUGCACCUAAUUUGUGGAAAUCAGUUCAUUCUCAAUAUCCAGAAACCCAAAUAG